GCGGGGAGGGGCGCGCCGGGAGGGGCUCAACCUGGCGGCUGGAGCGUAGUGCGGGAGCUGCAGUUCGCGAAGCGUAGUCUCUCCCUAGGGCUCCCGCGGCGGCUAGCGUAUCGGAAUCCUGAUCAUGGAGGGGACAAAAGCGAGAGCCGAGAGGCAACAGUUACUUCUCUUCACGUUGGCGAUCCUGUGCCCCCUGGCGUUGAGCAAGGGUUCAGUGUAUACUUCAGAAUCUGAAGUCAGAAUUGCUGAGAAUAAACCCGCCACGUUGUCUUGCUCCUACUCGGGCUUCUCCUCUCCCCGUGUGGAGUGGAAGUUUGUCCAAGGCGACACUACCAGCUUCGUUUGCUAUAACAGCAAAAUCAUAGCUUCUUAUGAGGACCGAGUUACCUUCUCACAGAAUGGCAUCACCUUCCGUUCUGUGACCCGGAAAGACACUGGGAUGUAUACUUGUAUGGUCUCUGAGGAAGGUGGCAACGACUACGGGGAGGUCAACAUCCAGCUCAUUGUGCUUGUGCCUCCAUCCAAGCCUACAGUCAACAUCCCCUCGUCUGCCACCAUCGGGAACCGGGUGGUGCUGACCUGCUCAGAGAAAGAUGGCUCCCCACCCUCUGAAUACUACUGGUUCAAGGAUGGGACACUGAUGCCUACAGAGCCCAAGAGCAGUCGUGCCUUCAGCAACUCUUCCUAUACCCUGGAUCAAAAGACAGGGGAGCUGAUCUUUGAUCCCUUGUCAGCCUUUGAUACCGGAGCUUACUCUUGUCAGGCACAGAAUGGGUUUGGGUCACCGGCGAUGUCUGAUGCUGUGCGCAUGGAAGCUGUGGAGCUGAAUGUGGGUGGCAUUGUAGCAGCUGUCCUUGUAACACUGAUCCUCCUUGGGGUCCUGAUUUUUGGCAUCUGGUUUGCCUAUAGCCGAGGCUACUUUGAGAGUAAGUAUUUGCCCCUAAAGGCUCUCCUUUGUAUCGUUCCAUUCCAGGGUAUGGUUUAUGGUCCUCAUUUGAGUUCUGGCCCAGAUACUAUGCCCAUGUGUUCUGGGGUUUUCUCCAGGAGUACCACUUGCCCCUCUAACAUAUAUCAACUGCUACAUACUAGCUCCCCCAUCUUCCUGUACCAUGCUGUCUUCUGUCCUGCUGACACUCACCAUCCCAUCUCUUCUCUUUCAGGAACAAAGAAAGGGAGUUCGGGUAAGAAGGUGAUUUACAGCCAGCCCACUGCUCGAAAUGAAGGGGAAUUCAGGCAGACCUCAUCAUUCCUGGUGUGAUCCUGGUCCAGCUCACCUCUUGUCCUCUGUGCUUGUCUCACUCAGGUGCUACUAGGCCCUGGCCCCUGGUGUGUAUGGUUUCACAGGAUGCCUUAUUUGCCUUCUAGUCCCAUCAGGGACCCCACUUUUGUCUUAGUUAGGAUGUGGUUUUUUUUUUUUUUUUUCAAUAAUGUCAGUUACGUGCCUCUUCUUCCUUCAUGCCUCCCUUCCUUUCCUGCCCCUGCUGAGUGUCAAGCUUUCAGUCCCCAACCCCAUGUGGAGUCAGGCCAGAGUCAUGAGUGAUGCUUGGCGACUUCUCUUCUAAGUAGAUAGCAAGAGUGGCCAGGAUCCCAGGAAUAUGCUGCGAUCACUGUCCACUUAGUAUGUCAUGGACUUUGAAUAGCGAUCUUGAGCCUAGUUUCUGAGCUCUUUUCUCCAGUACUGAGCUGUUCUAGAAUGGAGACUGAAGACUGGAGCUGCUGAAGUGGUUGUUUGGUGAUGAUGGCAUCAAGUCUCUCUGCAUCCAGAGCCCACACUCUCUUCUGUCUUCCCAUGGGAGUGCCACUGGAAUCCUCCUGCACCAUCCUCCUCCUGAACACAGACAGACUGACAGGCCAUGGCUGUAGGGGAAACUGGAGCUUUUAUUGGCGAGCACAGUCAGCUUCCGGGGAACAUGAAGUGAAAAAGUUUUAAAACCACUGUUCUAAAGAGAACAAAGCUGGAGCUGGUAGCUCAAACCAAUGCCCUCCCUUCCACUGGAACAGUUGGGCAGACCCAUGGAAGACAUGUCCGUAGGGCUCUGGGGAUGAGUGUGCGAUUGUAUGUGUGUGUGUGUGUGUGUGGUCUUAGCUCUGUGCUGAGAUCAUGUGUGUGUUGGAGGGCUUCUUUGCUCUUUGAUGAGAUUGUGUGUGUCUGUAUGUACCUGGAUGUUCCUGGAAAUAAAAACUUGGUUUGUCCAAGAUUUUUGUUGUGGGGAGCAGGGAAAACGAGAUUUUUGAGGGUUCCUGGGCUCCUCCUUUGUACAAGCAGUAAAAUGCCUCAAAGCUGUACUUCCUAGCAACCUGGGGCUGUCCUGCCUCCCGUGCCACCACUUCCCGGAUCCUAGUUUAGGGCAGAGCUUCAGAACUCCCUUGUGGCCUCUGUGGCCAGGCCUUCCUUUGCUGGAGGUGGGUACCAGGGUGAAGCUGAUGGUUUGGGGGUUCUACGUGGCCUGUUCCACUGAAAGAGAGGAUGAAGUGAAGUACCGACCCACCCUCCUGCCCAACCAGGCGCCUUAAUGGAUUUCUCUAAGGCCACACUAAGAAGUGCUCCAGAGCCUGAGGCAGGGGGAUUGCUCAGAUCAUGUGGAGAAGUAGACUUCUUUAGGGGAGUGGGAGUCUGAGGUGGGUGGACAGUGUGCGAGAGCGGAAAUAAGCAGGAAAAUGACUGUCAUUGCAUUUUCCCUUAACCUUCUGUUUACUUGUCCACUACAAUCUCUGAACACAUUUCCAAAUCUAUUUAUUAACUAGCAAGAGGGAAAAUAAGGGAUCCUGUUGGGUUGAUUUUGCUUGUUUCUUUCUGUGGAGGAUACUCAACGUGCCACAUUGCCAUAAUCCGUUCCCCUACCUGGAAAUCCCUAACUGAUUGAGUUUGCAUUUUCUAUCAAGGAUCCAAAAGGAAAAACAAAUCAAACCAUCGGUAAGGGUCACACACCAAUAAAAAAUGAAAUUUCCAGAGAAAUAAAAUCCAAUUAAACAACAAAAGUAGAGAUUAUGGAAUGGUUCAGUAAGAAGGAGAUUUUUAAAGUAUGUUUCAGUUGUGCAUCAUGGUUGGAGGACGGGGUGGGAGGGAUGUGCAGAAAGUCCACAGGGAAGCAGACGUGACUCAUUGCCUCUUAAGUCUGAGGUGAAUGGUUCCUCAGUGUAGGUCACUUGGGAUGAGUAUGAGUCGGUUAUUACCUUGGAAUUGCCUCCAGCUUACAACAGCCCUUUUGAGUUGGAAAACACCUUGUCUGCUUUCAUUUUAGAAUGUUAUAACUAAUUUUUGUAAUAAACGUUUAUUUUUCA